AUGUCGGACUCGAAGUCCUACGAUCAGUUGACGCUCUUCCAUUACGUCCCUACACCGGCGCUCUCAUACCUCUUUCUUGCUCUCUUUGGCUUGGGAGCCAUCAUCCACACUUUUCUUGGGUUCAAGUAUAACAUGCGCUUCCUCGUAUGGAGUGCUGCAAUCUGCGGCUAUCUGGAGGUCAUCGGAUGGAUAGGACGUUUGCUGGGUGCUUUGGAUCUGCACUCUCAGUCACUGGCGCCGUAUCUAUUGAACUCGUUAUUCACGCUCUUUGCGCCUACGUUCCUGGUUGCGGCCAACUUCAUCUUACUUCAACACAUCAUGCAACGACUAGGCGCUUGCUACAGUCGUCUUCGUCCUCGGCUAUACGGCCUCGUUUUCGUCGGCUGCGAUCUCAUGUCCCUCAACAUUCAAGGAAACGGCGGCGGCCUCUCCGCAUCGCACAAUGCCAACCUCGCCAAGAUCGGCAUCGACAUCGCUCUAGCAGGCGUUAUCUUCCAAGUUGUCAGCUUGAUCGUCUACGCAGUACUCGGUUUGGAGUUCUUCUACCGCUACAUCAAGGACAUUCCCUUUCCAGAUAAGCCGGAUGAUGCGUACUACCGCGCGGCGUUCACGACACGCGUGAAGUGGCUCACGGCGUGUGAGGGCUGUAUGACGGUGCUCAUCAUCAUUCGGUCUGUCUAUCGUGCUGUUGAGCUUGCUGGAGGGCCGGACGGGAGGGUGGCGUCGACGCAAUGGUUAUUUGUUGUUUGGGACGCUAUCAUGAUCGCCUCGGCGAUGUGGCUGCUCAUAUUCUUGCAUCCUGGAUGGCUCCUUAUUGAGUCGGAGGCGCAGACCGUUGCUGUUCGUCCGCCCCAUUCUGCGCACGGUCCCGAGCAGGACUUUGAGACGUCGAGCUCGAGCUAUCCGAUGAAGCCGGGCGAAGGACAUGCGACUGCAUGA